AUGGAUAAAAAGAUAGUGCGCAAAGGGCCGCUGCCUGGGGGUCGCCGGGGCGCGUCUGGAGCUGGCGCUGGACGCGGCAGCAUGCGCGCCGCCAGCCGAGCGCGAGGAGCUGCACGGUCACCUAGCAGCCCUCCGCAUCCAUCAUCCCCACCAGCAGGCUUGUCGCUGGUCUCUCGGACUCAGCAAGCGGCACCCGCCGCUGGUGGAGCACGUCGCAUGCGUUGGUCACAAGCAAUGAAUGCAAACGCACUGCGGGCGUACUUUAGGGCAAAAGGGGAAGAAACUGGAUGUUUGGCGUAUCGGGCUAGGAUGCAUCGUCUUUUUGCUGAGCUGGAGCCAUCUUUAAUCGUCACAGAGCUAAACCUGGCAGACCGAGUUCGGUAUAUCUUGCGCUCAAAUAUAUUUGAUGUCGCCGAACUCGAACGGCUACGACGUGAGGCUGUUCCCUCGUCGGAUGAGAAUGCUACGGCUGAGGAUGCGGCGCCACAAAUGGUAGAGCAACCCGCAAACGUGGAUGCCGCCGUGAAUACCCCAGUUGUGGUUGAUUCAAACGAUGAUGGAACAGUCGCCCAGGAACUGGAAUUAGAGCAUAUGAGGAGUACAUUGGAAGAGGCGAUUGUGGAAAGCGCGUCGAUUCAGCGUACCCUCUCGAAAAUCGACCGCGACUUCCCCGCAUAG